GGAGAAGUAAGGAUGGCAACUGAAGGACCUCUUGAGGAGCUUAUUGAUGCAAUUACUUGUUCCAUCUGCCUGGGAUAUUUCAAAGAUCCUGCGAUGUUGGACUGUGGGCAUAAUUUCUGCAAAGCCUGCAUUGUCCAGUCCUGGCCUGAAUCUGAGGGAGCCUCUGCUUGCCCUGAGUGCAGAAGACUCUUUCAGCCAAUGGACAGCAGGCCAAACUGGCAACUGGCAAAAGUGGUCCAGCUUGUCAAGCUGUGGGUGGAGAGAUGCACAGAAAGGAGAAGAGAGGUGUGUAAAAGGCAUCAGAAGCCCCUGAAGUUCUUUUGUAGGGAUGAUGAAGCCCCACUUUGUGUGAUGUGUAAACGGACCAAGGCGCACAGCGGCCAUAAGGUAGCCCUGUUGGAGGAGGUUGCCCGAGAGCUCAAGGAGAAAACCAAAGCCCAGCUGAAGGCUAUGGAGGAAGAGAGGAAGAACCUUGAGGGCUGCAAAAUUACUCAAGAGCCGGGAAGAUCAGAAUGGCUGAAAAUGUGACUGGACCCAGGCAUAGCACCCAAUCCCCUGUCAAUCUGUCUGAGGACCCUAAGGGUGUGAGACGCAAGGCGUAAAAGAUCUAGAACCUGCCUGUCCACCUUCUGAUGUUGCACAAAACACAAAGGAAUCCAACUCCCACGAGCAUCCCUCUGAAGAUAGAGGGACCACCAGGUUGUGAGUCCUCGGAAACAUUAGCCCCAUCCCAUAAUUCAAUGUGCAUGUUCAGUCAUGGGUGGGGAGAUGGCAGGCUCCACCUCCCCACCUGUAAACUUGCAUUUGAACUCCCAUGUAAAAUUCCAGUGUAGACGGAUCUGUUAAGGAAUUCAAAUGCACAUACUAACCCUAUGCUUCUGUUGAGGAAGCCUUAAUACUUAUGUUUACCUAGUUGAUUCUAGGUUCUUAAAUUCCUUCUAAACUAACACUUUUGCCCAGGGAGAAGACUGUUUUUUUCUGGACUUUUAGAGGAUUUUUUAUACCUUUAAUUUUAGCCUUGCUUUGUGAGGUUUGGAUUGAUCCCUAAAAUAAACUGUUGGGAACAAUUCUUUAACAUACCUCAGGCAGGGAGUAAAUAUACACCUUAGUGACCAGAGUCCUUUACUUACAAUGGUUCCUUGAGCGAACUGAUAAGUGUUAUAAUGCCAUCUCAUCCAUCUUACAUUUUUAUGUGCUCAUCAGAUAUUCUGAUCAAGUGGCAUCUCUUUGCUGAGGUUUGUUCUUAUAUAUUUUUGGGGUGGGGUGGGGGUUGGUUACAUAUGAGCACUGAAAAAAUAAAAAUAAAGCUUUUAACAAACUAAGCAGAAAUGUAUCAAAUUGCUGCGUAUCCAAGAGAAACUCUUCCAUGAUCACUCUGAUGGCUCUUGCAAGAAGAUUUAUCUCCAGCUCUCAGUCAUCUAGAGAUGCUUGAGAGCCGGAUGAUGUUUGAGGGAGUUGUUUCCUCCAGGGGCAUAGACCUGAUUGCGAACAGAGGGAGAGACCCACUUCAAGUGGGAAGAGGGAGAAACACUUGGUCAAAACUCUGUGGAUUAAACAAGCAAGGAGGCCAGGGUCUUAGUGUGGGAAUGUUCAGGGAGGCAGGAGAGGAUAUAUUGUUUAAUGAUAUCCUUCCUAACUUGUGUUAGCAAGUUCUGUAUCUUAGCAGAGUAACAUUCCCCUUUAAAUGCACAGUGGUUUGCUUGUUGCAGGCUCGUCUGAGCCUCUCAAUAUAAGAUUCCUGGUAAGAUCCCUUCUUGUCCCUCUUAAAAAGAAUAGAAACGACAAUCUUAUGAAAGUCAACAUAAAAGUAGUUUACUCACAAUCUUUCAGUUCACAGUUAGAUCCCUGAAGGCAGACUUAGGUUGCAAAAGUACAGAUCUACAUGAACUAUCCCAUAAAGGAGUUAGUCCCAAGUGACUGCAACUGAGCAGUCACUUCUCCUAACACAUAGGAAAACAAAAUGGAGAAGACAGCAAGAGAAGAAUGUGUGCUCCUUCUUGCCCAGAUUAGGCCUCUCUCUCACACACACAGGCCUCUAGUCACAUGCAGAGGAAGUUUGUCACAGCUCAGGAGGAAACAGGAAGUUUUAUCCUGACGGCAUACAAAGCACCCCCUAGCAUGUUCAUUCUAGGAAUGUUGUACUUGACUGCUAUAUGUUUCACAUCCCACACUCAGAGGCAGCAGCAGUAGGGGAUUUCUGUUGCCUCUGCGCUGCACUUGUGGGCUUCUAGUAGUAGAGCACUUUUUGCAUGCAGAAUGUCUCCCAGGUUCAGUUGCCAAUAGGCCUCUCCAGGACUGGAAGAGACCCCUUGGAAGAGACUCCCAGGGCCCUCAAAUAUUUUAGUAGGGGGUCUGAAGGGACCUUGGACUCUAGGAGUUGGCUCCAAUGGAGCGAAUAUUCAUUCAGAGCUUUUAAAACGUGUUGGAACAGUUCCUUAGGAUGGAAAGAACAUCAAAGGGGAGGGUUUACACUGAAAGAAAAGCAUGUAAGGUUAAAAAAGAGGAACCCGUUUGUUUUAUUGCUGGAAAGAUAUGUUGCUUUAAAAGUUUGCCUAAGGACAAAAGUAAGGGAAAGGGCAGGAUUGCACCAUUAACUGAUAAGAGCAGUUGUGUUCUGUCUACCUACGCAAAUAGCUGAGGACAGAUGAUCGCUCUUGGGAUUCCCUUAUCAUGUGGAUAGACAGGAAACUGGUUUUUGCCCACACUACUGAAAUUAACAAGUUGUAGCAGUAGAGUGGUUCAAAACUACACACCUAGUAAAAUUAUCCAUUUCAUAGUGAGUGUGUGAAACAGUAACGAAAAGUCAUGAGUAACAAACUUUCCUCUUUGUGUAGCAAGCAAUGAAUGUGCUGCGUUUCCUGGCUGCUUGCCAUCGGACAGAUUUCUGUGUUAUCUGGCAGGUUGCUUACUGACAGCACAAGCGGAAGAAGGUGGUCCAAAGAAAGUAAACAGAAACAAUUAUUUUCUAAAAGCAGCAGGAGGUGUAUCUGUUCCCCCAAAAAGCCAGAGGAGCAAAUAGGUGGGAUAAACAGGUUAAAUAAUAACAAUGAACGUAGCAAAUACAGACAGUGGGUAUGUUGUAAUAUUUGUCUGGCCCGAAGUCCCCAAAAGUAGAAGUAGCACUUAUUAACAGUGAAUGGUAGACAGAAUAAUACAUUUUUUCCCCAAAAAAAUUAAAAGACUAGCUAUGUUUAUGAGAGACUGCUCAAUAUGGUGAUUAGGACGAUUAAUGCUCUUUCUGAGGGUCACCCCCCCAUCUUAAACUUCAGUAGGCAAGAAACAACCUGGAGGGAACAGGGAUUUCAGUUUGUAGCGUGCUUGUACUAUUGUAAGUUUCCAUAAGGGGCUGUGUUUUGUCAGUGUCAACAUUCAAGCAUGACACACAAUUAUCUUGACUCGGUGAAGUUGUGUUUUAAGCUCUCUGUACUUUUCCAUGUCAAUGUGAAUAUUUGCCUAAUAUUGUGGCUAGAAAAUAUCUGAAAGGGCAUUAAAUCUUCCGCUGGAGUAAGAACUCUGAUCCAAAUUGCAAUAUUUGGGGGAGGUGAAGAAGAAGGGAGAAAAAAGGCAUGUGCUUUUUUAAAUAAAAUACUUUUUUAAAAAAAGUUUUUGUAGCAAAACAAACAAACCCCUGAAUAGGAUGUGGGCAGGGGAAAUGGAAACUGUUCCUUUCUAACAAAGAGGCUUUUCGUUACAGGCUGAGCUAGUAUAAUUGCCAUGGUGAUACAUUUUGAAACAUAAACAAAUUUAUAUGGCUGAA